AUGGAAGGAGACAAUGCCACCAAUGUGACAACAUUUAUUCUCCUUGGUUUCUCUGAUUUGCCUGUUUUGCUCCAAGCUACAAUCUUCAUGUUCCUCCUUUCAGCCUAUGUUUUUACUUUACUAGGCAAUGGCCUUAUCAUCUUUGUGGUUUCAAUGGACUCUCAGCUUCACACCCCAAUGUAUUUUUUUCUGAGGAAUUUAUCAUUUAUGGAACUUUGCUUCACCAGCGUCACAGUCCCAAAAGUGUUGGUGGACUUCUUAUCAAGGGAAAGAUCCAUCUCCUUUAUGGGUUGUGCUGUCCAGAUGUACUUCUUUUUCACCAUUGGUGUAAGUGAAUGUGUUUUUCUUCUUGUAAUGGCCUUUGAUAGAUAUGUAGCCAUUUGCUACCCACUGAGAUAUGUGACUAUAAUGAACCAGAGGUUGUGUUAUCAGCUAACUUCUGGGUCAUGGCUGGUGGGAUCUUUGGUAUCUUUAGGACAAACCAUCUUCAUCUUUAUCUUGCCCUUCUGUGGUUCUAAUCACAUUGCUCAUUUCUUUUGUGACAUCCCACCAUUGCUCUAUCUCGCCUGUGUGAACACAUUCAUUAAUGAACUCUCAGUUUUCAUUGCUUGUAUCUUGGGGGCUGUGGUUCCAUUCGUAUUUAUUAUUUGUUCAUAUAUCAAAAUAAUGUCCUCCAUACUCCUCAUAAGCUCUGUAGAAGGUCGCCAUAAAGCAUUCUCUACAUGUGCCUCUCACUUGGUAUCUGUGAUUCUUUUUUACGGAACAGCUAUGUUUGUGCAUUUGCGCUUAGGAAUGCAGCCUUCUGCUGGCAGAGAUAGAUUGGUUGCUCUCUUUUACUGUAUUGUAAUACCAGCGGUUAACCCUCUGAUCUAUAGCCUGAGAAACAGUGACAUGAAGGCAUCCUUGAAGAAACUCACCAUAAGCACAAAUAUGAAAAUACAACAAAGUAAAAAUGUUUAUUUGUAA